GCUCCAGAUUCCAAGCUAGCACUAACACCAGUCAACAUUUGUGCAGCUCACGGAAUAAGGUGAAACAAGACUCUGAAUUGCCUUUGGGAAGGGAGUUGAACUGCCCACACUCUGAGCCCAGCCCUUUCCUGAUUUCCAGCCCAUCCUCUAGCCUCAGACAUGGUACAAAAUAAGUGCAAUGGGGUAAUGCCCAACUGGAGACAACCAUCUGACUACAGCCUGAAUGGACAUGUUGGAGCUGUGCUUAAAAGAAGCAAAAAGGCCAUGGUGACAGGAGGUGGAGGCUACUUUGGAUAUAGUCUUGGGUGUGCUCUUGCCAAAUCAGGGGUCACCGUCACUCUAUUUGAUGUACAGAAACCUAAAUGGAAAAUUCCUAAUGGAGUCGUGUUUUUCCAGGGUGAUGUGAGGGAUUAUGAUGCAGUGUUCAAGGCUUGUGAAGGGGUUGACUGUGUUUUUCAUUCAGCUUCAUUUGGAAUGUCAGGACUGGAGCAACUACAACAUAAAGAAAAGAUUGAAUCCACAAAUGUUGGUGGCACAAAAGUAAUCAUGGAUGUUUGCAAGCAAAGAAGUAUUCCAAGGCUGGUAUAUACCAGUACAGUGAAUGUGGUGUUUGGAGGUAGUCCCAUUGAAGAAGGAGAUGAGGAAACAGUACCAUAUUUUCCACUAGAAAAGCAUGUUGAUCAUUAUUCUAGAACCAAAGCAAUAGCAGACCAAAUGAUACUUGCUGCUAAUGGAAUCCCAUUAAAAGGAGGGGAUAAGCUCCAUACAUGUGUUAUUCGCCCACCUGGCAUCUAUGGACCGGAAGAGGAAAGACACCUGCCACGAACAGCAAAGAAUAUUGAAAGGAAGCUAUUUAACUUCAAGUUUGGAAAUCCCAAUGCUCAGAUGAACUGGAUUCAUGUUGAAAAUCUUGUACAAGCUCAUCUGUUAGCUGCUGAAGCUCUCACGCCUGAGAAGGGAUAUAGAGCUAGCGGUCAGGCAUAUUAUGUACAUGAUGGCGAGAAUGUCGUGUUUUUUGAAUGGAUAGCUCCAUUAUUUGAAAAAUUAGGUCACAAUAAACCAUGGAUUCAUGUUCCUGUUUUCCUUGUUUAUAUAGCAGCCGGAAUGAUGGAGUAUCUGCACCUGGCACUGAAACCCAUAUUUAAUUUUACACCUGUCUUUACCAGAAAUGAGGUGUGGAAUAUUGCUGUCACUCACACUUUCCGAAUAGACAAGGCACGUAGUCAAUUAGGUUACUACCCAAAGAAAUUAAAAUUUGCUGAUUGUGUGGAUCAGUAUCUUAAGACAAGACCCAAGCGUCGGGAUAACUACAUGUUAUUUAAAGUCCUGCUUGCCUUUUGCAUCUUGUGUUUGAGCUUACUUUGUUUCUUUUUUUAAGAGCAAAGUUACCCACUUACUGAAGGAAAGCCACUGUUUACUGACUAACCGUAUAUAUUAAUAUUCCUAAGUAUUAAUAAGUCUCAGAUCCAACAAGAGGCUUGUAUAUAGUGGCUACAUCUACAUGUGUGCUAUAAUGCACGCUAGCCUAAUGCACAUUAAAGUGUCGCUUAAAAAACUAUGCUCUUACUCUAAUGUUCAAUAAAAUAGGCUGCUGUCCAUUAAACGACACUGAAAAAAUGUGCACUUUUGUUACUGCGCAUUAAGAUAACCUGAUGCGCAUUUGUUUAGUACUUCACGCUGGAGGUACUAAAUGUAACGUGCAUUAGGAAAAGCACCUUAAUGCAUGUGUAGAUGUACCCAGUGACACUCAAUAUUGGCAUGCCUAAAAUUAUAGGAUGCUGGCGCUCAAAAUGGAAUAUGCACACCUAAGCUGACUACCUACAUUCCUCAUAGAGCCAGAGUCAGCAAUCUUUAAAGGUACACAGCUUACUGCUUCCCCUGGCACCAUUUCAAGCCAUCAAGCACUCCAAGAGGGUUAUUGCAUUUCUCCUAGUCUUGGAUGCCUAGGUGCCAGUUAGAGGUAAGGGCCUAUAUGAAACUGGAUACACAGCAUUAGACUGCUUUCUUCAACCUUUAAGGAGCAGUGGACCAAAAUAAGGCAGCUAGAUCCAAAGGUAGGCCACUUACUGCUUCCCCAGACACUACUCCAAGCCACCUGCUCUCACCCCAGUCCUUCCUGCUCCAUGCCAAGGACUGCUGUCUUACUCUCAUGUCCCCCUACUACAGCUGCUUCCUCCCUUACCCAUUACCACUAAUUUCUGUCACCACCAUUUGUCACUAGUGACUAAUUUCACAGCAAGAGAUGAGGGCCGGGGAGACAGCAGACAGUACUACAGAAACAUUUUGGAGCCAGAGGAAUUCAGAGAGCAGGGUAUCAAAAAAAAAAAAAUCACCAGACUGAGCUGCACUGCAGCCAGACUGGAUGCAGUCACUUGGUAGACUGAAUCUGGCCCGUGGGCCGUAAAUUGCUGAUCCCUGCCAUAAAUUAUAUGGGGAAAGUUAGGUGCUUAGGAAUGAGACUUUCAGAAAUCGGCAUGCUGAGCAAAGAGGUGCUACACUAGCCAAUAGAAAAUGCUAAGGGGAGGUUGUUUGCAUCCCUUCCAGUCUUGGGUGCCUAGGUGCCAGUUAGAGGCAAGGACCUAUGUGAAACUGGAUACAUGGCCUGAGACUGCUUUCUUCACUUAGACACUGAAGAUACACAGGAGCUAGCUUACUUUUUUUACUUUAAGAUAUGACUGGAGGAAGAGAUAAAGGUGUGCAUUUUUCCUAGAAGAGUCUAGUGGACAAAGUACUCCUCCAGGAAGGGGGAAGUUUGUUUUGUAGGACUUUUUUAGCCUGGGCUGGUUCAAACAUACAUCUCACAAUUCCCAGGAGAGUGCCCUCCUUCCUUUUGCAUUAAAGAGCCAAUGAAUAAAAUAGAUAAAAACACUGGGGGCUGGAAACACAACUGAGGACUCCCAGCUAGAGUCAGCUCCGGCUUGCUUGUUCUUUGACCCCAUGAAUCUUGUGUUUCUUUCUAUACAGAGGCCCAGUUUUAACAGAAGGAUAGAGUGUGCCCCCAACUUCACUUCUUUUAGGUAGGUUUUUUAGGAGGUAGAAGACAGCCCAAAGGGAGUCUACAACUCAAGUCAUCUGCUUUCUGGGUGAAUGAUCUCUGCCACCAUAAAAGAGUAGGUACUAGUGAUACCUCCUCCUCCAACUGUGUUUUAUGAAUGGAAUCAAUUUAUUUAAAUUGGUGACAAAAACUGGAACCCAUCUACCUGCUCUUGCUUUUUACCUGCUGAACUCAGAGCUGAGAUGGUGAGGGCACUCCAGGGAUUUCCCUCACAUGCUAGAGAUGCAGCAUUUGAGGAAUGACAGCAGGGACCUUCCCAGAGCUGCUCAGUUCUGGGUUUGGAGAAUGCAGAGCAGAUCAGGUAGGUAAAGCUUAUCUUUCAGGAGCACAAGAGUGCUGUGAAGUAGUGCAGACAUGACUUUCAGUGCCUAAAUUCCACCAAAAUUGCACUUUGGGAAACCCAAGUUGUCUUAUUUUUGGACCAAACUGAUUUACAGUUAGUUACAGCAUGCUCCUCAACCCUUGCAGAUUGCACUAUUCUUUUUAACGAGUUAUUUUUUAAUAAUGUAUUAUACACACUUAUUUUUAUUUAUUACAUUGUUACACAAAUAUUAAAAAACAUGGUACAUCAAUAACUGUUCUUAAAAGUUAAAGUUGGUCAUCAGGCCAGCAGAUCAAUAAUGACAUAUGCAAGAAGAGAGAUAUUAAAUUUAUGUUUCAUGCCAAAUGUAUUUCUUCUGAAAAUGGUUGCUUAAGUGGAUAAGCAAUUGGAGAAAGAAGAACUAUAAAAGGUCUGCAGUUUUGUAUAAACAGAAAAGGAGGUGGAGUCAGGCAAUGCUUCUAACUUAGCUGCUGCCGUAACCAUCGCAUGUUACUAUGAAGAAUACAGUGGAUCUGGGAAACUGAAGAAGAAAGCUGAAACAAAGGAUUCAUAUAAAUAGUGAUCAGUGAAUGUACAGAAAAGUUGAAUUACUGUGAAUAAGCUGUUUUGUGAACCUACAUGAGAGGUGAAAUAAAAAUGUAUAUGAGCUUGUAAA